AUGACAGAAUCGACAUACAUUUCCACAGUAAAACUGGUUUUACUGGGUGAAUCAUCAGUGGGGAAAUCAACAAUUGUGACAAGGUUUACCACUGGCGAGUUCCAUAUUAACAGCCCCACUAUUGGUGCUGCUUUUAGUACGAAGGCGAUGGAGUGGGUUGACUCAGAGGAUGGGAUUAAAAGAAGAGUGAAUUUUGAAAUUUGGGAUACUGCAGGGCAGGAGAGAUACCGGUCAUUGGCACCCAUGUAUUACCGAAAUACAGAUGUGGCCUUGAUAGUGUUUGACGUGACACAACUAGCAAGUGAAAAGAAAGCACAGUCGUGGAUCGAUGAAUUGAAUAAUUACUUGGAGGACUAUAAGAAAGACACUGUGCAGCUACGAGUUGUGGGGAAUAAAAUCGAUCUUGUGGAUGAAGAGACGUUGCAAAACUGGAAUGAUGCUGAACUAGUAUCUGCCAAAACUGGAGAAGGCAUAGAUGAGUUGUUUCUGAAAAUAGGUAAAGACAUACCCAUCGAUAAAUUUACACUACUUCAAGAAGAUGUACCGCAAAGUACCUCAACCAGUAAUGAAGGAGGUGGCAUAAAUUUGGAGCAGAGCCCAGAGGCUGUCAGUACCGGCAAUUGUAGUUGUUGA